UCAAAGUAAAAUGGUGGCUAUAUUCAAGCAAACAAACAACAAAAUGAACCUUCCCUUUCCAUUUUUCCCACUUCCCAUCAUCUUAAAUCUCCUUUCAGACAUAUACACAAACACCUUACAUCCAUUAAAAAAAAACCAUUGAAACUCUCUCUCCUUAAACCUCCUUCUCUCUCUCUAGAUUUCGCAGAAACAUAUGAUUAGACGACGAUGAGCAACAAUCAUGCGAUCAUCGAGAGGGCGCUUAGCAGCCUGGGAAAAGGUUUCGACUUAACGUCGGAUUUCCGGCUGAAAUACUGCAAAGGAAAAGAGAGGCUGGUGAUGCUGAACGACACGCACACCAGAGAGCUCCUCGUACCUGGAUUCGGCGCCAUCGGCGAUGUCUCCAUUGAUAUCAAGUGCGAUAAAGGCGACCGGACGCGCUACCAGUCCGACAUCCUCGACUUUAAUCAGAUGUCGGAGUUUUUCAACCGGAAAUCGGCCGUGCCGGGGAAGAUCCCGUCCGGGAUGUUCAACUCGAUGUUCGGGUUUCAGAGCGGGUCGUGGGCUACAGACGCGGGGAACACAAAGUGUUUGGGAAUGGAUGGAUAUUUCAUCAUUCUCUUUGAUGUUCAUAUUGAUCGCUAUCCUCUUGUUCUCGUUGAUGAAGUUAGAAAUGCUGUUCCUUCUAGUUGGGAUCCCGCUGCCCUUGCCAGGUUCAUAGAGAAAUAUGGGACACACAUUAUAGUUGGUUUGGGCAUAGGAGGCCAAGAUGUGGUGUUGGUAAGGCAAGAUAAGUCAUCAAAUAUGGAGCCUUCACAACUCAAGAACCAUUUGGAUAACCUUGGAGACCAAUUAUUUACUGGAAUUUGCAACUUCUCCCCACACCAAAUCAAAACCAAGGAACAAUAUAAGCCACCGGAGGCUUUCAACGUGUUCGAUCCACAGCCUAACGUCUUCAACACAUUCUCAUCAGUCACAGCAAAAAAUGGGAUAACAGUGAUAUGUUCAAAGAGAGGUGGGGACUUAUCAGCCAACACGCACUGCGAAUGGCUUCUAACGGUUCCAUCAAUGCCGGACGCAAUUCAUUUCAACUUCAUCCCCAUCACCUCUCUCCUUAAGGGUGUCCCUGGCAAGGGUUUUUUGUCACACGCCAUUAAUCUUUAUCUUCGAUACAAGCCCCCAAUUGCUGAUUUGCAGUACUUUCUGGACUUCCAAGCACACAAGAUUUGGGCUCCGGUCCACAAUGAUCUCCCCCUUGGCCCAACAACAAACAGAUCCAUUCGACCUCCGGCCCUACAAUUCAACUUGAUAGGCCCUAAGUUGUACAUCAAUCCCACUCAGGUAACAGUGGGGAAGAGACCAGUAACUGGAAUGCGGCUUUAUCUUGAGGGUGUGAAAUGUAAUAGGUUAGGCGUACACCUUCAACAUUUGUCGAACACGCCGGUACUCCUGGAAGACAAAAUGCAGGACGGGGGGACGUGGCGUGGAUCAGAAGAAAGCGUGGAUGAGCGAUACUUCGAGCCCAUCCAAUGGAAGAAAUUCUCCCACGUCUGCACUGCCGCCGUCAAAUACGACCCCACCUGGGCAUCCUCGCCGGACGCCUUCAUCGUCACCGGCGCACAGCUCCACGUCAAAUCCUAUGAUUCCAAAAACGUCUUACAUCUCCGCCUGCUCUUCUCCAGGGUUUCGAACGCGUGCAUCGUGCAGUCGCAAUGGGUGCAAUGCUCAUCGGAGAAUCCCACCAAAACAACUAGCUUCCUCUCAGCGUUGAGCACCACCAUUUCCGGCAGCUCGGAGAAGGAUAAACCACCGACGCCGCAGGUGGUGAUAGACUCCGGCGUGUAUCCGUUAGGGCCGCCGAUGCCGAUCCACACUCAAAAGCUACUCAAAUUCGUGGACACCUCUCAACUGUGUAGAGGACCAUCAGACAGUCCAGGACAUUGGUUGGUCACGGGGGCAAAAUUAGACAUGGAUCGGGGAAAAAUUUGCCUGCAUGUCAAAUUCUCCCUGUUGAAUAUAUGUUCUUCAUGAAGAAAGAAAAAAACUACGAACAACCAUCAAGCAAAUUAUUAUAAUCAAACAAUUGGCUUGGUAACCAACCGCUAUUGGAGACAGUCUAUUGACCUUCUUGGUUUGAAGACGUUUCCAUAAAUCAAAAUAAUUAACUAUAUAUAUACAUAUUUUUUGUGUGUAAAUAUUAGUUUAAAAUUUGAGUAGGAAAUAAUUAAUUAGCUUGAAGAAUGGGAUAAAGGAAAGGGCGAGUGGAUUUAUCUUUAGAGUUCAAUAAUUUUAGGUCAGACAAAAUUUGAUGUAUUCUUUUGUUUGUUGGUUGGUUUUUGUUAACUACCAGUAUUAAUACAUGUCUUUUUUUUUUCUUUU